AUGGACGAUGGCGAUUUCCUCCACGCAAUUAACGGCGACUGGGACGCCAUGCUCUCCCUCAUGCGGGCGAACCGUCAAGUCGCGCAGCGCACGGACGCGAGCGGCAUGACGAUCUUGCAUUGGGUCUGUCUCCAUCAAGACGCGCCGACGGAUAUCGUGGUCAAGGUCGUGUUUGCGUACCCUUAUGCUGUCCACGUCCGCAACGACGCCGGCCAUUUGCCCAUUGAGUUGGCGAUCCAAGCGGAAUGCAGUGAACGGACGUUGGAAGUUUUGCGUGCUGCAGCCAACGGGAGUCGGAGAUCUGAAGAUACGAACGGACGGACGCUCUAUCGUCAUGACCUUAGGGGGAUGACCAAGGACGAGCGAGGGGAUCCAAAUCGGGAAACUAUUGACUACCCGCUGUCUUUUGAGCACCACCAUCGGAUGACGGAGGAUGGAAGUGAGAGUCGGGAAGGCUCGGAGUAUCAGCCGCACCAGAAUCAGACGUACUUUGGCGGAAUCGGGGAUGACGAUGAAGAGGAGGAGGAUGACGUGGAUGCAGAUGAACUCGAGUAUCAGCAACGGCACUGUCAUUACCAGUCCCACUCGUUCCAGUCGCAGUCGCUUUCGCAUAAGAACCGCCGACUGGAACGCAGUGUCUCGGACCAAGAAGAAGCACGCUUUGACCCGUUACGGGCGAAUUACAAUAGCACGAGUGUGUAUGGAGGGUACGUGCUCGAUGCUGCACUAGAGCGAGAACGGGAUCGGGGGUACACUCUAUCAAGAAGUGACCCGCACGUCAAGUCGCUACUGACCGAACAGCGACUACGGGAACGUGAGAACGAUUUGAUUUCGAUUGCAACAGCUGAAGACUCGGUGCCACUUGGGCUGUUUGAUCCGUCGAAAGGACCGGCGGAGACGACGUUGAUGUCGAAUUUUAUCGUCCAGGAAGAAGCCAAGACCAAUCGGGGCAAUGGCAAUAUAAGCUCAAGGAGUCUAGGAGCAGGCCCUCGCAGUAAAAUGGCCUUCCCACCGCGAUGGAAGCAGUCGCGCAUGUGUCACGUAUGUGCCUGUGGGUUCUCCCUCGUCAAGCGUCGCCACCAUUGCCGGAAUUGCGGACAAAGCGUGUGCAGCCAGCACUCGAUCAACCGCGUGUCGUUGCCCAAGUUCGCACUGUCGGAGCCUCAGCGCGUGUGCGACCAGUGCUUUUAG